GUUAGCGCUGGCGCGCGCGCGUGGCAGGCGUGAGAGGAAGCGGGCGGCGAGGCGGGGGGAGGGGAGGCGGCGGCAGCGGGUCCGGAGCGGGGCAGGCUUCGCGCUCCGCCCUCCGUCCGCGGCACAGCCACAGGCAGCGCCCGCUUCGCCCCCGGCGGCGGCGUCGCCGCCCGAGUCCGCGAGUGACGCGAGGGGGGGGGCCGAGAGCCUCAGGCCUUGUAGGCCGCAGGGAGUCGGCGUGACUCGGCCGGGCCGGGCCGCCCUCGCACGCUCAAGAUGUCGGCGCAGGCCCAGAUGCGCGCCAUGCUGGACCAGCUCAUGGGCACGUCCCGGGACGGUGAUACGACCCGCCAGCGAAUCAAGUUCAGUGAUGACAGAGUGUGCAAGAGUCACCUCCUCAACUGCUGCCCUCAUGAUGUCCUCUCUGGAACUAGAAUGGACCUUGGAGAAUGUCUGAAGGUGCAUGACCUGGCAUUAAGGGCAGACUAUGAAAUAGCAUCCAAAGAUCAAGACUUCUUCUUUGAACUUGAUGCAAUGGACCACCUGCAGUCAUUUAUUGCAGACUGUGACAGGAGAACAGAAGUUGCUAAGAAGAGAUUAGCAGAAACCCAAGAAGAGAUCAGUGCUGAAGUUGCAGCUAAAGCUGAACGAGUUCAUGAAUUGAAUGAAGAAAUUGGGAAACUACUGGCCAAAGUAGAACAGCUGGGAGCUGAUGGAAAUGUGGAAGAAUCUCAAAAAGUAAUGGAUGAAGUGGAGAAGGCCCGGGUAAAGAAGAGAGAAGCCGAAGAAGUGUACAGGAAUUCUAUGCCUGCCUCUAGCUUUCAACAGCAGAAGCUACGGGUUUGUGAAGUGUGUUCGGCUUAUCUUGGUCUUCAUGACAAUGACCGACGUCUUGCUGACCACUUCGGAGGAAAACUACACUUAGGAUUUAUUGAAAUAAGAGAGAAACUUGAGGAACUCAGGAGGAUUGUGGCUGAUAAACAAGAGAAACGAAAUCAGGAGCGCCUGAAACGCAGAGAGGAGAGGGAAAGAGAAGAAAGGGAGAAACUAAGGAGGUCCAGAUCCCACAGCAAGCAUACCAAAAGAUCUAGGUCCCGAGAUCGUCGCAGACAUCGCUCUCGCUCAGCCUCCAGGGAACGGAAAAGAAGAACUCGCUCUAAAUCCCGUGAGAAACGCCAUCGCCACAGGUCUCGCUCCAACAGCCGCAGCCGGAGUCGCAGCCAUCAUAGAAGCAGGCACAGCUCCAGGGAGAGGAGCCGAGAGCGCAGCUCCAAAAAGAGGUCCUCAAAAGAAAGAUCUUCCCGGGACAAAGAACGUUCAAGAGAUCGUGAUAGAACAUCACGUGAUAAAGAUAGAAGCCCGAGAGAGAGAUCGCCGCGAGAUUUCAAAGACAAGAAACGUUCUUAUGAAAGUGCUAAUGGCCGAUCAGAAGACCCAAGGAGCUCAGAGGAGCGUGAAGCAGGGGAGAUAUAACUGGCUGUAUAUUCACCCGAUCUCUAGCUUCCUAUGGAGUUGCAUACUAUGGUUUAGUUUACAGUUGUUCAAAGGGACACCAGUGAGCAGUUUGAGAUACUGAUCCAACUAGGGUAGAUGUACAGUAUAUAAAAGUGGUUAAAACUAAGUCAGAAUUAAACCCCAUUGAUUUAAUGAUGCCUAAAGCUGGGUCCUGGACUUCCACCAAGUUGUAAAACUUUUCUGAAAGAUUUCUCUUUAUUCAGGACAACAGUUUUAUGUACAAAGAUGCAGAUCUCAAUGUUUUUAAUCUCCUUUCCAAUACAAGUUAGUGAACAAAUUACGUUGUACUACUUGCCUUGGGUGCUUCUGAACCUUUAUAAAUUCUCCAAUUCUGCUCCAGUCAAAACAGCAGCAUUGAAAGGUUGUACUUCUUGGGAAUUUUUUUUUGUUUGCUUUUUUUGUAAGAGGGUGGGUGGAUGGAUAUUAACUUUUAUUCUAAGGUUAUGUUCCCAGUGAUUUUUUUUGUUGUUGUUUGGGAACCUAGGAAUUGAUUACAGUGGGAACGUUUAGGCAGGAAUGUGUGCUGGAGAAAGCUGAAAUGUCUUUUUACAGUGCCUAUUUAGACUUGGAAAUUGAACAGCUGUUGCAUUACAUCUUUUUUUAUUUCUACUUAAAUUUUGAAAUCAAAGCCAGUCCCGUAUCUGUACCAUUUGAUUGGUAUGUGUUCAAUAUAUUUGUUUUUUUCCAUAA